AUGUUGUCUAUGUUUUUUGGCAAUGCCGUGUCCUUGGACAUUGAAAUCGAUGCGGACCCGAGCAGGUCAUAUGUAUUCGUCGACCCGGCCCAGAAGGGAGUUAAAUGUCCAAUAUUUUCGGAAGGAGAGGAUAUAAGUGGCACCGCGUUCAUAAGUUUGAAGCCCGGGAAACGACUGGAGCACGGAGGAAUCAAGGUUGAGUUAAUCGGCCAAACAGAUACUUUGUAUGAUAAGUCCGGAGUUUACGAUUUUUUUGUCAUGUCAAAGGAGAUAGAGCCUCCAGGAACACUGAUUGAGAGUAAGCAUUAUAAGUGGAAGUUCCCGCUUGUUGGCAUCGAAAAUGAGACGUACUGGGGAGUCAACAUCAAGCUGUACUAUUUCAUACGAAUUACCGUCAUCAAGGGCUACGGAGGAAACAUCACCAAGGAAUCCAGUUUCGCGGUCCAGAACAUUGGAGUUCAGCCGGAAAUAAAUGACACAAUAAAGAUGGAGGUGGGAAUUGAGGACUCCAUCCACAUUGAAUUCGAAUACAACAAGUCCAAGUAUCACCUGAGGGACGUGAUUCUGGGCAAGGUCUACUUCUUGUCUGUCGGUCUGAACGUGAAGUACAUGGAGAUCGCCAUACAGAGGGUGGAGUCCAUAACUCUAGGCCGCAGCACCGUUAACGAGACAAUCACCGUCACCAACUUUGAAAUCAUGGAUGGGUCUCCCAUAAAGGGAGAGUGCAUACCGGUUCGACUCUAUCUCAACGGACUCGACAUCUGUCCCACCUACAAGAAUGUGCAAAACAAGCUGUCUGUGAAGCACUACAUAAACCUAAUGAUCGUCGACGAGGACGAUAGGCGUUACUUUAAAAAGCACGAAAUAGAGCUGUGGAGAAGCCACUUAGGAUGA